AUGGAAGAUAGAGUUGGUGCAGAAAAACCUUUGCCUAAACUUCCUACAAUACCAAUAAAGCUCCUUAAGCGCCGGAAACAGACAAAUAAGGAUGUCAUUAAACAGCAAAGAUUACGUUCAACAGAAAUCCGCAGAAGGGCUCAUGAACGCCGGAAAGCCUUCCACAGACCCGCUCACUUUAUAGCUGCUGCUCGGAAAGAGGCCAGAGAUAAAGCCAGGAUCGCUCGAGAGGCUAAACGCAAGGCCCCUAUUGCUGGUCCGGAGCGUCUCGGCAUUGUCAUUCGAAUUCACGGCGAUGAGGGUCUUUGCACAGAUUCUAUAAAAGUCCUGCGGAUUCUAAAUUUACAAGCUUUAAACACCGCUGUUUUUGUUAAAGUCUCCGCAGCAAUGCUUGAAUUGCUGACAGUAGUUCAUCCUUACGUUGUUUGGGGCUAUGCAGAUCUUGCCACCGUUCGGAAUCUCAUAUUCAAAAGAGGUAAAACCAAAGUUGGGCAUAAGAUUCGCUCGAUUGACAAUGCCUUGGUGGAGAGUAAACUCGGAUCACUGGGUAUUCUAUGUAUUGAGGAUGUUAUUCAUGAACUUAUGACUCUGGGCCCUCACUUGCGUGAUGUUUUGGGCUUUCUUUGCCCAAUUAAACUGAUGCGUCCUGCCGGUGGGUGGGGGAGUCAUCUGAAGAAGUCACAGCAUGCUUUCAACCAUCUUGUCGGCAACAGGGAAGAAAUGAUUAGUGAACUUGUUCACAAAAUGGUAUAG